GCCGCCGCGCCGUAGGUCAGGCUUCACGCCGCCGGCUGCCAUGGCGAACGUGUCCGAGCGGACGCUGCAGUUGUCUGUGCUGGUGGCCUUCGCGUCUGGAGUGCUCGUGGGCUGGCAGGCGAACCGGCUGCGGAGGCGCUACCUGGACUGGAGGAAGCGGAGGCUGCAGGACAAGCUGGCGGUGACUCAGAAGAAGCUGGACUUGGCCUGAGACCCCGCGCGCGCUCGCGCGCCCACCUCGCCCUGCGCUGGCGGGGCUCCGACACGUGACCUACGGUCUCCGUACACACUCUGCAGCGCCUUGCUCUUGAUGGGAGUCGGUGAGCGGUACUGAUGCAGUUUGUCGAAGAUGGAUACAGAACACUGGACAGAUCUAAUUUCUCGUUGCACUUUAUGAGUCAAUUUUAUUUUCAAAAUAAAAAAAAUUCUUAAACCUCUUUGAAUCUUUUAUCA